AUGGCCCGCUUGGAAGAUGACACCAACGGUCAGGUCAGGGCUUUCAUCCUGGAAGCUUCCGGUAUCCAGGCCUUCUUCCUCAACCACGACAAGCCGCCCUUCGACGACGCUCGUGUUCGGAGAGCCUUCUACUUGGGUCUUGACCGCGACCUCGGCGUUGCAAAGUCGAUCCUUGGCUUCGGGCAGCCCGGCACUUUCUUCGCUCCCGGCGUGGUAGAAGACUUGGAAGCCCUGCGCGCCGGUAACUCCGCAUACGGAGACCGGGCGGCAGCCUUGACCGAAGCGCGCCAACUCCUGACCGAAGCUGGCUACCCUGAGGGUUUUGAGAUCACCCUGAACGUGGUUAACGGCAACCCUUCGCUGUCCAGCGCCGAGGUCGUCGCCCCGCAGAUGCGGGAGGACCUGAACAUCGACAUCAAGAUCCAGCCCACCGACUUGGCCACCAUGUACGUUGGUUUGCGCGACGGUGUCGCCAACUUCGACUCUGUAGGCACCGGCAUCAUCCUGCGAGAUCCCGGCGACAUCAUUAACCAAUUCUAUCUGCAGGACGUUCUCCGCAACCCUCACAAUUGGCAAAAACGACGAGGUUGA